AUGCUCAUUUUGGAGUUGAUUGCUAAGAAGCUGGACAAAAUCCUUAUUAAUGAUAAGUGGCUCCUCAAUUAUCCCUCAGCUUAUGCUCAUUUUGGAAACCCUGAGUUCUCAGAUCAUAGCCCCAGCUGCAUCAUCUUCGGAGACCGGUUGCAGACUAAAAGGCAUUUCAUGGUUUCAAAUUUCCUUCUGCAUCAUCCGGAUUUUCUGCCUAGAGUGGCAAUCAAAUGGCAGGAGAUGUUUUUUGCUGGAUCCGCUAUGGUAAAAGAGGCGCACUCAAGACUACUCGAAAGUCAAGGGAAUUUGCUUGUUAAUCCGACCCACUUGCUUGCAAUUCGUGAGAAAGAGACACAUAAAACGUGGCAUACUCUUUCUCUUGCAGAAGAGAGGUUUUUGCAGCAAAGAUCUAGAGUUAAAUGGCUGGAAAGUGGAGAUGGAAACACAGCUUUCUUUCACAAAAUGGUUGCUCAACGUCGCUCUACAAACCAGAUUCAUUACCUCAUAAACUCAGAGGGAAGGAGACUGGAUAAAAUAGGUGAAGUUAAAUCCCAUUGUGUGGAGUAUUUUCAAGAUCUCUUUGGAGCCCCAACAAGUCCUCUUCUGCCAGCAAGUGCUGACAAGAUCUCAGACCUCACAAAAUUCAGAUGCAGCGAUCAACUAAAAGAGCUUCUAAAAGCAGAGGUUACUGCAGCAGAUGUGAAGUUUGAAGUCUUCUCUCUUCCUAGGAAUAAAACUCCUGGUCCAGAUGGAUACACUGGAGAAUUUUAUAGGAAAUCUUGGGAUAUAGUUGGACAUGAUAUUAUAAAAGCAGUUCUGGAGUUUUUCAGGUCUGGCCAGAUGCUAAAGCAAUGGAACUGCACAGCAAUUUCCUUGAUCCCAAAAAGAGUAGGAGCUGAUAAACUUGUGGAUUUCAGACCUAUAUCUCUCUGCAAUGUCGUUUACAAGAUCAUUUCUAAGAUUUUGGCUCGAAGACUUCAAGAGGUAACACCAAGUAUGGUCACAAACUCUCAAUCAGCCUUUGUUAAAGGUAGAUUGUUGGUGGAUAACGUGCUUUUGGCCACAGAAAUGGUCCAAGGUUUCCAGAACUCAAACAUUACUAAAAGAGGGCUUCUAAAGGUUGACCUAAGGAAAGCGUUUGAUUGUGUCAAUUGGGACUUUAUUCUCCACAUUCUCUUGACAGCAGAUUUCCCUCCCUUGUUCGUAAAUUGGAUAUCUCAGUGUCUCACCACAUCCUCCUUCUCUAUAAGCGUUAAUGGAGAUCUAUGUGGCUUUUUCAAGGGGACCAGAGGGCUGAGACAAGGAGAUCCUCUAUCCCCUUCUUUGUUUGUCAUAGCGAUGGAAGCUUACUCAAAUCUCCUCACAUCGGCUUUUGAUUCAUGCUCUAUCGGAUACCAUCCUCUGGGCAGAAAUCCAAAAAUAACUCACUUAGCGUUUGUUGAUGACAUUGUUAUCUUUUUUGAUGGAAAAGGGUCUUCUCUACAAGGAAUCUCGUCUACUCUGGAGGACUUUAAGCAGCUCUCUGGUCUGUGUAUGAAUAGAGAGAAAACAGAUUUGUUCUUGGCGGGAUUGAACCCAGAGGAAUCUGAAGCUCUAAAUAUUUUCGGGUUCCAAAAGGGUUCGCUUCCGAUCCGUUAUUUGGGUCUUCCUCUGCUUCAUAGGAAAUUGAGAAAGGCUGACUAUUCACCGCUCACAGACAAGAUUAAGGCAAAAUUUAAUAGCUGGACAGUAAAAGGUCUCACUUUCGCUGGAAGGUUGCAGUUGAUCUCCUCGGUUAUUUAUAGCCUUGUUAACUUCUGGUUCAGUGCCUUCUCUUUGCCAAAGGGCUGUCUCAAGGAUAUUGAGAAACUUUGCAAUAAAUUCCUUUGGGCGGGAGAUCUCACAAAACACACCUCGGCAAAGAUCUCUUGGAAAGGGAUAUGUUUACCAAAAUCUGAGGGCGGUCUUGGUCUCAGGAAUUUUCUGGUGUGGAACAAAGUUCUUAAUCUUAAACUGGUGUGGUUACUUUUCUCUAACACUGAUUCUUUGUGGGUUGCUUGGACGCUUGAACAUCGCCUCAAGCGGAAUUUCUUUUGGACCAUUGGUGAAAAAAGCACGGAUUCAUGGAUAUGGAAAUUUCUGAUCUCCCUUCGUCCUCUUGCUAGAAACCUUUUCACCAGUUCAGUUGGAGAUGGGACGAUGAUCAACUUGUGGUACGAUAAUUGGUGUGUUCAUGGUCCGCUGAUUCAUUUUGUUGGGGAAAAUGGGCCACGUCUCAUGGGAAUCCCAGUUCAAGCUUCCUUGACUCAAGCGUACUACUCUCAUGAUUGGAAUGCUCGUUCCCGGACAAGAAACUUAAAGAUUGCAGUCUUGAGAUCUCUUCUCCAAACCAUGCAACCUCCUUCACCUGCGAAUGGAGCCGAUACUUUUCUUUGGGGUCCGCCUGACCAAAAAUCUACAAACUUUUCAACAAAGAAGACCUGGGAUAUUCUAAGACCACGACAAACUGAAAAACGGUGGUUCAAAGCAGUUUGGUUCAAGAAAAAUGUUCCUAAACAUGCUUUCAAUUUCUGGGCUACAAAUCUUGAUAGACUCCCUCUCAAUGUGAGACUAGCAAAGUGGGGUUUGAAUGUAAAUCCGGUUUGCACUAUCUGCCAUCUCCAUGACGAAAAUAGGGAUCAUCGUUUUCUUCACUGUGAGUUCUCAUCUCAGGUCUGGACUCUUAUCAUGCAACGAUUGGGAUUUCACUCCAUUCCUUUUCAUAACUGGGAGGAGUUGAUACAAUGGAUGUUAUCUUCUACCAGACAGCCAAAGCUAAAGUUUCUCCGAAAUCUAGUAUGCCAAGCAACAAUCUACAUUCUUUGGAGAGAAAGAAAUAGUAGAAACCAUGGUGAUAUCUCCGUGACGACAGAGUGCAUGUUACGGCAGAAGAAGUUAACAAUAGUGUUUCAAACGGACUGUUCCGAUAUGGUAAAGAUGGUGUCUAAACCUGAUGAGUUGCCAGCUUUUGCAACAAUACUAGAAGAAUUGUGCAGAUGUAGGACGGAGUUCACCUCCUUCUCCAUAGUGCAUAUUCCAAGAACGAAGAACACUAAGGCGGACAAGUUAGCACGGAGUGCUAGAGUUCUACCUACGGAUGUGUUUUGUGUAAACUCUGUUUCUCCAGCUUGGAUUCCUCAGUUGGUUUAG